AUGAACUCCAGUCAGCAAAGUGAAUCCAGAAUCUACUCCUGGUAUGGAGAACCAUUGAAGUCAGACAGAAAGCUGAGGACUUCCCAGUACAAGGGGAUCUUUAUUGCACCUAGGAGCCGCAGGACAGAAACCUGUAUACAUGUUGGGGACUUUGUUUUGAUAGAAGGAGAGAAUGCAGAUCAGCCUUAUGUGGCACAGCUCCUGAAUUUAUAUGAAGAUGGUGCUCAGGUCAAACGCGCAGUUGUGCAGUGGUUCUGUCGGGUUGGAGAGAUACCUCGGCACAAAAUGAAACUGCUUAAAAGACAGAUUUCUCCCCAAGAGGUGUUUUUUGAUCAAAUUCUUUCCUAUGACACCGACAUAUCUGCAGAGACCAUUAUUAAACGCAUUAUGGUAAUACCACUACAUCUGAAGGAGGAACUGCCUAUUACAUUAAACAAGGAAGAAACUUUCUUUGUGAAAGAGUCUUGGGAUGGGAAAUGCUUUAAAGCUUUGUCCCCAAGCACGUUCUCUAAGCUGAAGGAAGCUAGCAAGAAAAGAGGCUACAUCCCAGACCCUUCCAGGCCAUUUGUUACUUUGGACACCCUCACACCCCCGACAAAACAGACACACAGUGUUCGGAGUGCCACAAAACCAAAAAGUGCUGAGUUGGAAAUAGAAUCCAAACAUUCUGCUUCCAAGUCCUCUGUCUCUAAGGACAGGCAUUCCCAAAGAGUGGCUAUGGCUAACGGCAUCAAAACCCAAACAGCAAGGAAGAAGUUAGAGUUGAACAGCCCUACAAAGUCUAAAGGCAGGCUCCGGGAAUCGGAAGUUUUGGACCUUCUGGAUGAUGACUGUGAGGCCAUAGCACCAUUAGAACUAUCAGCUACUAAAAGAAAAGUGAAAUUCACAAAUGAAAUUUUAGGGUCACCACCAAAAAAGCAUUGCGGCAAGGAUAGGGCAGAGUCAACACCUGAUGCAGCAGAAGACUGGGAGAAGCUCAGUGACACCUUACGACUGUGCCCAUACACCAAGAUCAAGGACUGCAGUGAGAAAGCCAAGAACCUUCACGUGGCAGAUGACACUACACUUUUAGCUAGAAGUCGGAGACCGAGACGUGGCCCUGAGCUGACCCCUCGCUCUCGCAGAGCCUGUGCACAGAGAACAAGUGCUCUCAUGGCACAGCAAAUCAGGGUGUUGAACGAGGAAGAUUUUCUGUUCAACUCAGACAGUUCUUCAAGUAAUGAUGAGGAUGAUGAGGAUGACGAAGAUGAUGUGACCUAUGUACCGAAAACAAGAAGUAAACAAAGCAGAACAUGCAGCACCCAAAAAUCUUUGAGCCAGUCUUCAGUUCACACUCCUUCAAAGACCCCGAAGGAAACUCCUUUACCAGGGACGCCCAAGACACCCCGGAACGCAACUCCUGAAAUUCCCCAGCGCAGCCAUGCCACACAGAAACCAACCAGUGUGCUGGAAGAAGCCAGAUUGAGGCUGCAUGUUUCUGCUGUCCCAGAAUCUCUGCCUUGUCGUGAGGAAGAAUUCCAGGAUAUCUAUAACUUUGUGGAAAGCAAACUUAUUGAUGGUACAGGAGGGUGCAUGUACAUUUCUGGGGUGCCUGGAACAGGAAAAACUGCAACUGUUCAUGAAGUAAUUUCCUGCCUUCAGAAAGCUGCAGAAAAUGAUGAACUACCAUCAUUCCAGUUUGCAGAGAUCAAUGGCAUGAAGCUGACAGACCCUCAGCAAGCUUAUGUGCAGGUACUAGAGUUACUGACAGGUCAGAAGGUAACAGCAACCCAUGCUGCAGUACUGUUGGCAAAACUGUUCAGUACACCCGGAGUAAAGAGGAAGACCACAGUGCUGCUAGUGGAUGAGCUUGAUCUUCUGUGGACCCGGAAACAGAACGUGAUGUACAACCUGUUUGACUGGCCAACCCAGAAACACUCCAAGUUGAUCAUCUUGGCCAUUGCUAACACCAUGGACUUGCCAGAGAGAAUAAUGAUGAACAGAGUAGCUAGCAGGCUGGGCCUCACCAGAAUGUCCUUUCAGCCCUACACCUACAAACAGUUACAACAAAUUAUUUCAUCCAGACUGAAUGGUGUGAAGGCAUUUGAUGAGGAUGCAAUCCAGCUGGUUUCCAGAAAGGUGGCAGCGCUAUCGGGUGACGCAAGGCGCUGCCUCGAUAUCUGCAGAAGGGCCACGGAGAUCUGCGAGGUUGCCAGGCAGAAGAAAGGCCCUGAAAUGGUCAAGAUGGCCCACGUCGCUGAAGCCAUAGAUGAGAUGUUUUCAUCACCAUACAUAAAUGCAAUCAAGUAAAAACAUUUUUCAGAGGAAUUUCUUUGCUUUUCAAUUUUGGCAGAGUUUCGCCGGGCAGGAGUUGAGGAGGCAACAGUUCAAGAGGUCUAUCACCAGCACGUGGCCCUGUGCAGGAUUGAAGGCCUCCAGAGCCCCACGGUGUCAGAAGUGCUGGCUGUUUGCUCCAGGCUGGGUGCCUGCAGGCUGCUGCUGCUGGAGGCCAACGACAAAUACCUCCACAUGCGCGUGCGGCUGAACCUCAGCCAGGACGACGUCAUGUAUGCACUCAAGGAUGAAUAA